AUGUCUGAAAAACUACAGCAGCUGAAACAACAAGUGUGCAGCAACAUUGACCAAGCCAAGAGCCACUUCUAUCGCCUGAGCAAGGAUAUAUGGAGUUGUCCGGAGUUGGCAUAUGAAGAAAAACAAUCACACGACAUGCUGGUUAAGUUUUUUAAUGAGGAGAAAGGAUGGAACGUUGAAUCACAUUUUACACUAGAGACUGCGUUUCGUGCGACAUGGGGACCCACUGGUGGCAAGGAUGGUGACCCCGUUGUAAACAUAGGCUUCUUGUGUGAAUACGACGCAUUGCCCGGCAUUGGACACGCAUGUGGCCAUAACUUGAUCGCAGAGGUGGGAGCAGCAGCAGCAGUCGGGUUAAAGACAUUGCUGGAGAGCAUGUCUGAUUGCCCUGUACGCACCAAGGUGACUGUCUUGGGCACUCCAGCGGAGGAAGCGGGGGGAGGAAAGGUUGACAUGUUGCGGGAGGGAGCCUUUGAGGAUCUGGACGUUGUGUUUAUGGCCCAUCCAUCACAGGAAGACGCCACCUAUCUGCCAGACGUGGCAGAACAUGAUGUGAUCGUGAAGUACCGUGGUAGAGCGUCGCACGCAGCCGCUUACCCCUGGGAAGGGGUCAACGCGCUGGAUGCAGCAGUGUUGGCCUACAAUAGCCUCUCCGUGCUGCGGCAGCAGCUCAAACCUGAUUGGAGGAUCCACGGCAUUAUAAAACAUGGAGGCGUGAAGCCAAACAUCAUCCCUGACUACACUGAGCUAGAGUACUACUUACGCACCCCCUCACGCAAGGACCUGCCAACAAUCAGAGCUAAAGCUGAGAUGUGUUUCAGGUCUGCUGCCAUGGCAACUGGUUGUCAAGUCGACGUACUGUUCGCAAAGAACGAAUUCCACAACAUCCUGAGAAACACUACCUUGCAGGAUCUCUAUGAGGUGAACGGAAAGGCUUUAGGAAUGGAGUUUACGACAGACGAGGAGGUUCUUUCCAACUCCUCAGGUUCCACAGACUUUGGUAAUGUCACUUUCGCUGUACCAGGGAUCCACCCUUACUUCUACAUUGGCUCUGAUGCACUAAACCACACAGAAGAAUACAACACAGCUGCUGGUGCAGAGAAAGCUCAGUUCUACACGCUGCGUGCAGCCAAAGCUUUGGCUAUGACAGCCCUGGACGUGUUGUUCUGCCCUACCUUGCUACAGCGCGUGAAGAACGAGUUUAAAGAAAGAGAACUGGAAGAGAAGCUCUCGAAACCAAAGCAGAGUGUGAAUGACACCUUAGGAGACAAAGAAUCUCCAGGUACCCUCAAACAGUAG